AUGCCUCGAAAUUUUCUUCCCGGGUUAAGAUUUCCCUAUUCUAUAGUCAAUACAAGGGGUUCACCGCUUUCAACGCCUAUAUUUUACAUCAUGUGUUCAAAUCCAGUGAAUUCUUCUCUGUACGUGGAAACUGCUCCAUGCUUGAACACAAGUGCUACUUCUUUGGUCCAACAAAAGACGUAUAGUUAUGUGAAGGCUGGGGCUAUGGUAGUGGGGGAUUUGAACAGGGGUUGCAGUGUAGAGUACGCUUCGGCGCUCUUGAACUACUCUAAGGACUACAUGCCCUCUUAUAAAUCCAUACACAGUGCACUCAUGUAUGGCUUCGGGCUUAGAGUAUAUUGGCCUUACGAAAAGUGCCCAGGCCAAUGGACUUCUAAUUCUAAAUGUUUUCCACGCACCAUCCUAGGUACGUGA